AUGAUAUUAUUCCUUAUUUUUAUGUCUUAUUUAGCUUUUAAUUUGAUCAUUAUGACCCGAGAGAUUGUCGCGCAGACAGUGAGCAGCAUUGGCAGCAAGCGUGAGGGUCAGCAGUACCUCAAGCUCUUCACCUCGGUCUCGUCGAAGAAGUUUGCUGUCAUCAAGGUCGGUGGAGCCAUCUUGACCGAGCACUUGGACGAGCUCUGUUCUAGUAUCUGUUUCCUCACCGAGCUCGGGCUUUUCCCAAUUUUAGUACAUGGGGGAGGGCCGCAGCUCAACCGCCUGCUGGAGGAGGCCGGUGUUGAGCCCCAGUUCGAGGAGGGCAUCCGGGUCACCGACGCCAAGACUCUGGGUGUUGCUCGUAAGCUGUUCCUUGAGGAGAACCUGAAGCUUAUUAACCGCCUUGAUGAGCUUGGUGUUCCUACCCGAUCCAUCAGCGGUGCCUUCAUAGCCGACUACCUCGACAAGGAGAAGUGGCAAUAUGUUGGGAAGAUCACCAGGGUCAACAAGGACGCCAUUGAGAAGUCCAUCGAGGCUGGCUACGUUCCCGUCCUUACCUCCAUGGCUGAGACUGAGGAUGGCCGUCUCCUUAACGUCAACGCCGAUGUUGCUGCCGCCGAGCUUGCCCGUGCCCUGGAGCCAUUGAAGAUCGUGUAUCUGUCUGAGAAGGGAGGCCUGUUUGAUGGUGAUGGCGAGAAGAUCUCGGCCAUCAACUUGGACGCCGAGUUUGAUCACCUUAUGUCCCAAAGCUGGUGCCGCUAUGGGUUACGACUUAAGAUAAGGCAAAGUAAGGAGCUUUUAGACACCUUGCCUCGCAGUUCCUCGGUUGCCAUCAUCCACCCCAGUGAUUUGCAGAAGGAGCUUUUCACUGACUCUGGUGCUGGUACCCUGAUCCGCCGCGGUGACAAGAUUCAGAAGGUUGAGUCUAUCAGCGAGAUCAGCGAUCUUGCCAAGUUCAAGCAGACCCUUGUGAGGGACCGAGAAGGCCUUGAUGCCGAGGCUACUGUUGACCGAUUUGUGGAUCUCCUGGCAUCGAAAGAUUUCAGCGCCUACUAUGAUGAUGCCAUGCAGUGCUUGGCCAUUGUCCUUCCUGCUAGCGAGGAGCGAGCCGUCGCCACUCUGGCUACUCUCAAUAUCACCAAGUCUGGUUGGUUGAGCAACGUUGCUGAGAACGUGUUUGCCGCCAUCAAGAAGGACCACCCUAGCCUGGCCUGGACUGUCAGCGAAGAGGACGAGAACCUCACCUGGUUCUUCGAGAAGGCCGACGGAAGCUUCAACAAGAACGGAAGUGUUCUGUUCUACUACGGAUGCGAUCUCCGCUCUGAUGCCCUCGUCCCCAUCUACGACGACUUUGUCGCCCACGGCCGAGCCAUGCUCGGUGACACCAACCUGGAGUCCCGGCUCCGAAGCGCGGCCCAGACUGCCAGCAAGGCUCUCAACGCCUCACAAAGCCGAACCUAAACUGAUCGGCCGGGUGUCCAGCGAGGUUAGAAAGGGGGGAUUGUUCUUGGGAGUUUUACACGGGGAGCGGAUGGAAUGGAUACU